AUGCAGUCUACAGGGACAUCAACACCCAGAACGUCAUUACCGGUAAAUAAACUUGCAUUGCCUGCUUUACAGACGCCGUCCCAUUUUUCUUCAAACACGGCACCAGCAGCCAUAGCAAUUGUGACAGCAGCCACUACAGUGCCAUCUGCAUCUUCAUUACCAAUUCCAACGACCUCUGCACCACCACCAGCAACAACAACAUCCAGGAAGACACCAAAAGGAAAAACGCCUAUAAACUACCAACAGCUGGAUACGGCAUUUGAGAGGUUACAUUUUGGACAACUUGAAGACAGAGAAGAGACUGUUGUCUUUAAUACUAAUAGAGAAAACUGCUACAAGCAUAGUGACGAUACCACGGUUCCACUCGAGCAGCCACCGAGAUACCAUUCGUCGCCAGUCUCGCCAAUUUUUCAGCAACCUUACAUUCCUGCUUGGGAGAAAUCUUCUCUCCCAUCUCCAAUUAAACCAAUUCGGCCAUCAGUGGUGCUGAAACCAAAAUUUCCGGCUUCCUUGGCAACAAGAGCACCAAAACCAACAUUGAAGACGCCAGCGCAAUUCUCAGCUCUAUAUCCGAUAUUGCCACCUUCAUCAUUACCACCAGCGGCACCAGUUUCACAGUUAAUUUCACAAUAG